UUGAAUGUUACCCGUUUGCCGCCGCUUCGCUGCCCCCUACGUUGGCUAGCUUUUAAGUUCCUGCUUAUUGAGCUGUUGGACCUGACAGAUGAUGGCUGGGAGGGUUUUAACACGGACUGUAAGCAAGACUCUGCUGGAUCUUACAGCCAGCGCUAAAGGGAAAAGAAGCAGGGGAAAUAUCCGCCUCUUGUGGAUUAAUGCGAGCCGAGCAGCAGGAGCUCAGAGUAGCGGUAAAGCAGCAUUCCUGCUGGGUCUCCCUCUGCUGUCUGGUUUGAGUUAUCAGGCUUUCCUCGCAGUGCGGAGUUCAGCCGUGGUGUGUGCUUUAGAUAAAGCUGAGGUGCUGGAGCAGGCGGACUACCUGUACAGCUGCGCUGAGACAGAGAAGCUUUAUCAGCUGCUGCUGCAGCAUAAGGACAGUGAGGAUGCGGAGUUCCUGUGGAGGUUAGCCCGGGCGUCUCGGGAUCUCUCCCUGCUGCCUGACACGGACGCCGGGAGGAAAAAGCAGCUGACGUUUGAAGCCUUUGAAUAUGCAAAGCGGGCGUUGGAGAGAGAUGAAAAAUGUUUUGCUGCACACAAAUGGUAUGCUGUUUGCCUCAGCGACAUCGGGGAGUAUGAGGGAGUGAAGGUUAAAAUAGGAAAUUCAUACAUCAUCAGGGAACAUCUGGAGAGGGCCAUUCAGCUCAACCCCAAAGACGCCACAUCCUUACACAUUCUAGGUUACUGGUGUUAUGCCUUUGCCGAGUUGCCAUGGUACCAGCGCAAAGUGGCAGCUGUAAUUUUCUCAUCACCGCCUACAUCUACGUUCGAGGAGGCGUUGGAGUUCUUCCUAAAGGCAGAGAAAGUUGACCCAGACUUCUACAGUAAAAACCUGCUGAUGCUGGGGAAGACGUACAUGUCCAUGAGGGACAAGGAGAAGGCGCUGCUCUGGCUGACUAAAGCUAAGCAGUAUCCGGCUCGCACACUGGAGGACAAAGAGGUCCAUAAAGAAGCAGUGGAACUCCUGAAUCAGCUUUGAGAAAUAGCGCACUACCUCUACGUGCCACCGGAGGCCUUUUCACACAACUGCUGAACCAAAUCCAUUACUAUGAAAUGAAGCAUCAGGAAAUAUUGGGGUUUAUAAUUCCAUGUAACUUAAAGGCUGUAUCUAGUUGGAAGUUCCCGUAUGAAGGAGUGAAAGGGAUAAAACGUGUUAACGUCCACUGUGUUCAAUUGUUCAAUAAGGCAUUACAACGCAAUCACUUCUAUGCAACCAGAUAACAUUUAAUAUUUGCUUUGGAAAUUCAUUGUUUACGUUAUUAACAUUUUUUUCUUUGUCAGCUUGUUUAAUCUCUACACGUGUCUGAAACGAUUCAUUAAAUCAGCUAGAGAACCUCACUGAUGGACGGAGUCGCUGCAUUUUGCAGGAGCAAGUGAAAAACCUUGAACUGGUGACAUUGGAAUUUCAAUCAUGCUGUUCUUACGGUGAUGAAGCCAGGUGACUGGAGUCCUCCAGCUGUCGCUGCACACUGCUGGUCAGCUGGCUGAAAGGAAAGCAUCACCAUCGUUCCUUUGAAGCAUUGGAAACUUCACCAAGAAUGUGUGUAAAGCAGUUAACUGCAGGCGGGACUAAUCAGCUAAUAUUACCUGGAGUAAAAUAACUGAUUAGAAAUAAUUUAAAUUUUAUCUUACUACAAAGCUUUGUGUGAAUAUUUAAGGAGCCCUUGUCUCACCAGCAUUGUUUAUCUCAAACAUAAAGGAAUAAAAUCUGCUGCUCUAACAUUUUGUGUCAUCUGUUAGAAUUUCUUGACAGAUUGAGUUCGAUCCCCGACCUGCAGGCCUCCUAACCUGACUCCGCCAGAUGGAUUUGCUCCGCAUAUCCAUCUGGAAAUCUUCCAUUGAAGUGAUUUUGGAAAGGGGCAAAAAUACUGGUUAGCUGAUUGGCCUAUGUUGG